AUGGCUCUGCCUACGGUUGUCUUCGUGCCUGGUGCUUGGAUCACUCCCGCCUUCUACGGCCCUUUUCUCAAGGCGCUCACUGACCUGGGCUAUCCUGUCGUCUACGCCGACUAUCCGUCUCUCGAGCCCUCUGAUCCUGUGACCGCAGACUGCAAGACCGAUGCCGAGGCUAUUUCACGUAUCCUCCUCCCCCUGAUCGAAGACGAAGGCCGCGAUGUCCUCCUGGUGAUGCACUCAUAUGCUGGCAUGCCUGGAGCCGCUGCUGCAAAGGGACUGAGCAAGACGGAGCGCACACAAGGGGGUCAAUCGGGCGGAGUGUUGGGAAUGGUGUUCAUUGCCGCGUUCCUUGUGCCUGAGGGCCUGAGUUGCGCGGGCCUGCAGGGAGGAAACCUGCCUCCCUGGAUUCUCCUGGACCAGCCAUCCGCCGAUCUGAACUUGCCCGAAGAUCCUGUUGGCAACUUUGCUCCUGAUGUCGAUCAGGCGCUCUUGCAAGAUCUCGCCGAUCACAUCAAGCCCCAUUCUACGCUCGCGUUCAAAUCGCCUCAGCCUUCUCCAGCGUGGGCUGACGAGGUCUACACUGGACGAGUGGCCUUUAUCGUGACGACCGCGGACAAGGCUGUACCCAAAGAGGCGCAGCAUGGCAUGAUUGGCGCGACACAGCGGCCGUGGAUAGUCCGCGAAUUGGAAUGCAGUCACUGUGCGCCGUUUAUCAACCGGAUCGACGAGACGGUGCGCGAGAUACAGGCACUGCAGGGUGAAUUCGAGCGUCUGUAA